UGUUCUAGGAUUCAUCUUUAGCCGCUUUGGCCUCCAAGACUUUUUGUCCUGUCCAGUGUGAGCCUCAGGCCCUCUGGCUCAAAUCUCUUGCAGAAGUGACAAAGGAAAGGAAAAAUCCUGGAGGGCUAUCACCUGUUGAUGGCCUUGGAUGCGGGCGUGCACAGUGGACUUUGGCAGGUGCCUCUAUGAGAAGAAUCACCGGUUUAUAAGGAAGUGGCUGUUAGGGGCUGGUGUAUCGUCUCCCAGUUCAGCAGUUGCUGGAUACAGGCCUCCUAGGCACAGGAGCCAGUGGGCAGCACUCCGGAAGGUGAAAUCCUGGCAGGGCUUCGCCUCUAUGUUCUCUGGUCGCACAUCCCGGAAGUCAAUCUCACAUCCAGAGCACGAAGAUACCAUGGCAGAGGGCGAGGAGUACCGGAACCCCACGGAGGUGCAGAUGAGCCAGUUGGUGCUGCCCUGCCACACCAACCACCGUGGGGAGCUGAGCAUCGGACAGUUGCUCAAAUGGAUCGACACCACGGCCUGCCUGUCAGCGGAGAGGCAUGCUGGCUGCCCCUGUGUCACGGCUUCCAUGGACGACAUCUACUUUGACCACACCAUUAGUGUCGGCCAAGUGGUGAAUAUCAAGGCCAAGGUGAACCGGGCCUUCAACUCCAGCAUGGAGGUGGGCAUCCAGGUGGUCUCUGAGGACCUGUGCUCCGAGAAGCAAUGGAGUGUGUGCAAGGCCCUGGCUACCUUUGUGGCCCACCGGGAGCUCUCCAAGGUGAAGCUGAAGCAGGUCAUACCAGUGACAGAGGAGGAGAAAACGGAACAUGGGGUGGCAGCUGAGCGCCGACGCAUGCGGCUAGUCUACGCAGACACUAUCAAGGACCUCCUGGCCCACUGUGCCAUCCAGGAUGACCCUGACAAGGACUUCAGCAAUAUGGUGCCCGCAGAGAAGACCCGAGUGGAGAGCGUGGAGCUGGUGUUGCCUCCUCAUGCCAAUCAUCAGGGCAAUACCUUUGGGGGCCAGAUCAUGGCCUGGAUGGAGAACGUGGCCACCAUUGCAGCCAGCCGGCUCUGUCAUGCACACCCUACACUCAAGGCCAUCGAGAUGUUCCAUUUCCGAGGCCCAUCGCAGGUGGGGGACCGUCUGGUGCUCAAGGCCAUCGUGAAUAAUGCCUUCAAGCAUAGCAUGGAGGUGGGUGUGUGUGUGGAGGCUUAUCGCCAGGAGGCCGAGACCCAGCGGCGACAUAUCAACAGUGCCUUCAUGACCUUUGUGGUCCUGGACAAAGAUGACCAGCCUCAGAAAUUGCCCUGGAUUCGUCCCCAGCCUGGAGAGGGUGAACGGCGAUACCGAGAGGCCAGCGCCAGGAAGAAGAUCCGCCUGGAUAGGAAGUACCUUGUGUCCUGUAAGCAGUCGGAAAUGGCCCUGUCUGUCCCCUGGGAUCCUAGCAACCAGGUGUACCUGAGCUAUUACAACGUGUCGUCUCUGAAGACGCUUAUGGCCAAGGACAACUGGGUGCUGUCUGUGGAGUUCGGUGAGGUCCACCUGUAUACCCUGGAGGAGGAGUUCCUGUCAUUUCAUUUGGAGAUGGUGGUACACGUGGACGCUGCCCAAGUCUUUACACUGCUCUCGGACCUGCGCCGGAGGCCGGAGUGGGACAAACAUUACCGGAGUGUGGAGCUGGUGCAGCAGGUAGAUGAGGAUGAUGCCAUCUACCACGUCGUCAGCCCUGCCUUGAGCAGCAAUACCAAGCCCCAAGACUUUGUGAUCCUGGCCUCUAGGCGGAAGCCUUGCGACACCGGGGACCCUUAUGUCAUCGCACUGAGGUCGGUCACACUGCCCACCCAUUGUGAGACACCGGAAUAUCAGCGUGGGGAGACUCUCUGCUCAGGCUUCUGUCUGUGGCGGGAGGGGGACCAGUUGACUAAGGUUUCUUACUAUAACCAGGCCACCCCCGGACUUCUCAACUACGUGACCACCAAUGUGGCCGGCCUGUCCAUGGCGUUCUACAAUACGUUCAAGGCUUGUGAGAGUUUCCUAUUGGACAACCGGAAUGACCUGGCCCCCAGCCUCCAGACCCUCUAGGCACUACCCCACCCUGCCCCAGGUCUUACACAGUGCGUGGAGCAAAGCAGAGGCAUUUAUUCACCCUGACUCCCCAGGGAAGCCUUCCACAUUAGAUGGUCCAGUCCUACUGGGUGGUCAGUUCCUGCUCACAUCUGCCAGCAAGUCUUCUCGGUACUCCUGGGGUAUC